AUGUCGGAGAAUACAGAGCAUGAUUUUUCUAAUACAGAUGCGGGUGGCUCAUUAACAUUCCCUGUUCAAUGUUCAGCCCUUCGAAAAAAUGGACAUGUUGUAAUCAAAGGGCGUCCAUGUAAAAUUGUAGAUAUGAGCACAUCAAAAACAGGUAAACAUGGACAUGCAAAAGUACAUUUAGUAGGAAUCGAUAUUUUUACUGGAAAAAAACUAGAAGACCUUUCACCAUCUACCCAUAAUAUGGAUGUUCCUAAUAUUACUCGUACCGAUUAUCAACUAAUUAAUAUUGAUGACGGAUUUCUUAACUUGAUAACAUCAGAUGGAUCUACUAAGGACGAUAUUCGGCUUCCAGAAGGAGAAUUAGGAGAAAAAAUUCUUUUAGAAUUUGAUGAAGGUAAAGAUUUAGUCAUUACAGUUGUUUCAGCUAUGGGGGAGGAAGUUGCUUUAGGUGUAAAAGAAGCACCUAAAUAA